CAUUUAAUAUAUUGAUCAUGUAACCGAACAUCUGACACUAAAUUCAAAAUAAAUAAUUCUUAAUGUAAUUCUAAUUUAAAACAUAAUCGAAUAACAUGUGCAUUUGUAGAAUGGUGAAUUAAUUGAUACGCUUUUACUUUCACAACAAACAUUAAGUAUAUAAAUUCACAUAAUAUUACUUGAAAAUUAUUUUAAUGUGUAAUUAAUAAGUAUAAAAUAAAAAAUUAUGGCGUCAGGUUUAGAAAGCUAUGUAAAUCAUACUGUUUCUAUUAUUACUUCUGAUGGUAGAAACUUUAUUGGAACAUUGAAAGGUUUUGAUCAAACUAUUAACAUAAUAUUAGAUGAAUCUCAUGAACGUGUAUAUAGUACAACACAAGGAGUAGAACAAGUAGUAUUAGGUUUACAUAUUAUUAGAGGUGAUAAUGUAGCAAUUGUAGGAGAAUUGGAUGACGAGAUGGAUGCACGUUUAGAUCUAUCAGCUAUAAGAGCAGAUCCUUUAAGUUCUAUUGUACAUUAAUAGAAAAUGAUUACAAUUAUAAUUAUUAUUAUUUGAAAAUAAUAAUAUAACUAAACAAUAAUAAUAAUUAAAUAAGAAUUUGUAACAAUGAAUUAUAGUCAAAUGAAAGUACAAUUUCUUACAUUGGUUGUAUAUUGUAUAAAUAUCAUUUUUUAUAUCCAUUUAAAAUAUUCUUGUUUUAAACAAAAUGCAGUGGAGAAAUAUAACCAUUGUUUACAACUAUAAGGAAUAAUAGAAUGAUAUUAGAAUUAAUAAUUAAAUUGUAUAAAAAGAUUUCAUUAUAAAAUAGUAAAUUAUAUUUUUUACAAAUGUAACUUUCAUUUAUUAGUUUUAUAGGAAUAAUAAUAAAAAUAAAUAUCAAUAGAUCAAUAUUGAAUAAUAACUGAACAAUUUUUUAAAUUUAAAUAUACUCUGUUUCUUAAUAUAUUUUUCUUAAGAGGAAGUAUUUCUUAAUCUACGAUUUAACAGAGAGAUGCGUUUAAUAUUUAAUAUAUGAAACGAUUUGUGGUUAUGGUUGCACCAUAUAACUGAUAAAUGUUAUAGGGUAAAAAUGUUACUAGUAUUGUAAAACUUAUAUUAUUAUAAGAUUCACAUUUAUUUAAAUACAUUUUUAAUCUGCAA